AAUGACUUUUGACUUUUCCUCUCUCUCUGUGGCUCUUAAUUCUCUUACACGGAAGAUGGAGACUCAAAGUUGGUAUCUUUGGAUUUGUUCCUUUGGAUUCCUUUUAUGAGUUUUCCAUUACGAAUACAUCUGGAUACUGUUAUCAUAACCCUUUUAUUUGUCCUUUUGGCUCAUUUUCUACGGUGGGGAGAUGUCGAAAAAGUAUGGAUUUGUGAGUUUGGGCUGAGACUUUUAAGGUAAACCACAGAUUUUUGUUUUCCUUGGAGGACGAAGAUUUGGAGAUUAUUUUUCUUGUUGGUGUUAGCUGAAAUGGGUAGAAGAAGAAAAAGAAGCUUGGUGAACGUUGAUGGAGUUGUGGACUUUUUCAACAAUGUUAUGGUGGAGAAGAAGCCUUAUCUUCCUUUUCUGAUCCCUUUGAUUUUGAUAUUCUGGGCUCUGGAGAAAUGGUUUUUCUCUUUGUCCAAUUGGGUUCCUCUUGUUCUUGCAGUUUGGGUAACCAUCCAGUAUGGUAAUUAUCAACAUCGAAUAGCUGUUGAAGACUUGAAUAAGAAGUGGAAGCGAGUUACACUGAGUACUUCGCCAUUAACACCAUUGGAGCACUGUGAGUGGCUAAACAAGCUUUUAAUGGAGAUUUGGUCCAACUACAUGAAUCCAAGGCUUUCAUUAAGGUUCGAAUCUAUUGUUGAGAAACGCUUGAAACAUCACAAAUCAAGACUUAUUGAAAGAGUAGAGUUGCUGGAGUUUUCACUAGGUUCAUCUCCACCUUGGUUGGGUCUUCAUGGGACUUGCUGGUCAACUUUUGGUGAUCAGCGAGUUAUGCGCUUGGGUUUUGAUUGGGACACAACUGACCUCAGCAUUAUGUUACUUGCCAAAGUGGCCAAGCCAUUGUUUGGAACUGCAAAGAUUGUUAUAAAUAGCCUUCACAUUAAGGGUGAUCUUCUCUUGAUGCCGAUUCUGGAUGGGAAAGCAAUUUUGUACUCGUUUAUAUCAACUCCCGAAGUUAGGAUAACGGUUGCCUUCGGCAGUGGAGGAAGCCAAUCACUACCUGCAACAGAGCUGCCUGGUGUCUCUUCUUGGUUGGUUAAACUUUUGACUGAUACCUUAGCUAAGACAAUGGUCGAACCUCGCCGUCAAUGUUUCUCUUUACCAGCCAUAGAUUUAAGGAAGAAGGCUGUUGGCGGUAUUGUCUACGUGACGGUCCUUUCCGCAACUAAACUUUCUAGGAGUAGCUUGAGAGGAAGCCCCUUGAGAAAGCAACCAAGUUCCGGUGUAGAUUGUUUACAACAGCACAUUGACGAUAAAGUUAUGCAGACAUUUGUUGAAGUUGAGUUGGGAGAGCUAACCAGAAGAACUAGUGUAAGGCCAGGCUCCUGUCCUCAAUGGAAUUUAACAUUUAACAUGGUUUUACAUGAUAAUACGGGAACUGUUCGAUUCCAUCUAUACGAGCAUACUCCAGGCAGUGUGACUUGCGAUUAUCUAGCAAGUUGUGAGAUUAAGAUGAAAUACAUUACAGAUGAUUCCACAAUGUUUUGGGCAAUAGGGCCAGACUCGGGUGUAAUAGCUAAGCAUUCUGAAUUUUGCGGCAAAGACGUCGAAAUGGUUCUUCCAUUUGAAGGGGUCGAUGCAGGGGAGUUGACAGUGAAGCUUGUGGUAAAAGAAUGGCAAUUUUCUGAUGGUUCUCUUAGCUUCAACAACUUACGUGUUAGCUCACAACCAUCACUGAGCGGGUCAUCGAAUUUCCUUUCAAGAACUGGAAGGAGAAUUAGUGUAACUGUAGUGGAAGGGAAGGAUCUUAUGACAAAAGACAAGAGCGGAAAGUGUAACCUGUAUGUUAAAUUGCAAUACGGAAAGGUUCUUCAGAAAACAAAGACGGCACAUUCUUUUAAUCCGAAUUGGAACCAGAAGUUUGAGUUUGAAGAAAUAGGAGAUGGUGAAUAUCUGAAGAUAAAAUGCUACACCGAAGAGGUCUUUGGAGAUGACAGCAUUGGCAGUGCUCGUAUAAGUCUCGAGGGACUGGUAGAAGGGUCACCAAGGGAUGUUUGGAUACCUCUUGAAAAAGUGAAUUCCGGAGAAGUAAGGAUCCAGAUAGAAGCAGUUCGGGUUGAGGACUAUGACGGAUCGAGGGGUUCUGCAAAUCAUGGAAAUGGUUGGGUCGAACUUGUGCUUAUCGAAGCAAGAGAUCUAGUAGCUGCCGAUUUAAGAGGGACAAGUGAUCCGUAUGUGAGGGUGCAAUAUGGAAACUUGAAGAGGCGAACAAAGAUCAUGUACAAAACGUUGAACCCUAAGUGGCAUCAAACAUUGGAAUUCCCGGAUGACGGCAGUCCUUUAUUGUUGCACGUCAAAGAUCACAAUGCCUUGCUACCGACAUCGAGCAUAGGUGAUUGUGUUGUAGAAUAUCAGAGAUUGCCCCCAAACGAGAUGGCCGAUAAGUGGAUACCGCUUCAAGGGGUCAAAAGGGGAGAGAUUCACGUGCAGGUUACGAGAAAAGUUCCAGAACUAGAGAAAAGACCUAGUGCGGACCCCGAAUCACCCUUAACGAAAGCUCAUCAAAUAUCAAGCCAGAUGAAACAAAUGAUGAUCAAGCUUCAAUCUUUAAUCGAGGAUAGCAACCUUGAAGGGAUUUCGGCUCCAUUGAGCGAACUCGAAACUCUUCAAGACAUGCAAGAAGAAUACACGGUACAGCUCGAAACUGAGCAGAUGCUUCUCCUGAACAAGAUAAAGGAGCUUGGUCAGGAGUUUUUGAACUCAUCGCCUUCCUAAGCAGAAGAUCUUCUUGAAGUUGAAGCAAUUCACCGUCUGAUAUUGCACGUUAAUAUUAUCGUUCUACCAAUCUAGUUCCCGCUUACCGGAAUGCUUACGCACAAAAGAUCACGUACAUCACAUGCUGCAUAAUAAUCCUCGUAGAUUAGGCAUCACUGCUUCGUAGAUUUGGUUGAUUGAUAGCACUUGUAUUGCUUUUAGGAUGGCAUAAGUCAAACACAAAUGGUAGCUAAGGUCAUGUAUGAUGAGUUGUAUCUCUUAAAUGUACAAGCAAAGAAUUUGUAUUAUAAA